AAAUGCCCUUAGCACAAAUAAAAAAUUUGGAAAAUUUUCACAAAUCAUUUCUUAUAGCUUGGCUCCUAGCGAUCUCUAGGGAUCAGCUGAUAGCUAGCUCUCAAUACUAUUCUCCUCUCUAUAUCUUCAAGCCCUUCUCUUCUCUCUUAAAUUUGUCUUUCAUUCAUACACUGUGUUUGUAACAGCAAGCAGCUAAGGCUAAGCACAAUCCUUAAUUGGUCUACAAAUUUUUGAUGGCUGCUCAACAUGAAAGUUAUAAGCCAACAGUUACUAUUACAAAGAGGGUACCUGUAUAUCCAAAAACUUUGCACCCUCCAAAAAUUCUCAAUCUAUCCAACUUAGACAGGCAGUGUCCUAUGCUCAUGUACUUGGUUUUCUUUUACAAGCCUUCUCAUGCUUACAACAACUUGUCUUUAAACUCAGUUUUUAGUAGCUUGAAAUCUGGCUUGGAAGUGACCUUGUCAAUCUGGUACCCGGCAGCAGGUAGGUUAAACCUGAAUCCAAAUGAUGGGAAGCUCAAUCUCUGGUGCAACAACCAAGGUGCACUUCUAAUUGAAGCACUCACUCAAGUCAAGAUCUCAGACCUUGGAGACCUCUCUCAGUACAAUGAUUUCCUUGAAAAUUUGGUUUUUAAGCCUGUUUUUGAUGGAAACUUCUCUGAUAUGCCUUUAGUGGUUGCGCAGGUGACAAAAUUUAAGUGUGGAGGGUAUUCGGUGGGCAUAGGCACGAGCCAUUCCUUAUUUGACGGACCAGCCACCUUUGAUUUUCUGUGUGCAUGGGCUUCGAAUUCUGCAAUAAUGAAAGAGAAAGCUAGACACUAUCAGUUACAGAAACCAGUCCAUGACAGAGGGCCACUUCUCCAAGUGGGCAAUUAUCAUGCCCCAAAACCCAACAGAAUAAUGAGAGCUGCAGCUAUUGAUCAUCUUUAUCAGUUGAUACAACAAGCCGUUGCCGAUCAUCCUCAGAUUAAUAGUCCAAACCCUAAUUACGUUCUGAAGACUUUUCAUCUCACUGCUGCAAUGAUAGAGAAUCUCAAGAGGAAACUGUUAGGCAGCUUCUCAUGUUCAUCCUUUGAAGCAGUCACAGCUCAUCUAUGGAAGGCCAGGACGAAGGCUUUAGGAGUAAGAAAGGAGAAAAUGGUGUGCCUGCAAUUUGCUGUGGAUACAAGGAACAAGGUGGUCCCGUCACUGCCGAAGGGUUUUAGCGGCAAUGCUUAUGUUCUGGCAUCAAUUGCACUAAGAGCCGGGGAAUUAGAAGAAGGAAGCCAUGAAAUGAUAAUCGGGAAGAUAAAAGAAGCAAAGAUGUCUGUUAAUGCAGAGUAUGUGAUUGCAUAUAUGGAGGCUCUUGAAGGACCUCAAGGCAAUCUCCCACCUCUGAAGGAAUUGACAAUGGUUUCUGAUUGGACAAGAAUGCCAUUUCACAAGGUUGACUUUCUAAAUGGAGAUGCAUCUUAUGCUUCCCCUCUUGUCUCUCCAAUUCCUCAGGUUGCAUAUUUUAUGCAGAAUCCAAUUGACAUGAGGGGCAUUGAUGUCAGGAUUGGUUUGCCUCCCCAAGCUCUAGAUGCUUUCACCCAUUAUUUCCUCUCAUAAAUCUGCUAUAUAAAUUUCAAGCAUCCACCUUCAUAUUAAUAUUAUAUAUGAGUACUUGACUAGAAAUCAACUUCUCUCUUUUUGCCUGAAAUGAUUACAUAUUAACACAGUUGUUAAUCAAGAGUUAGUUUUUAGAUAACUCAUAAGGAACUGUCUUUUGUUUAAAAGGCAAGAGUCUUGAACCCAUUUUCUUGUUGUAAUAAUAAUAGUGGGAAGCACUUUCUUUAAUGUGGGUCCUGUUGUAAUCUCAAGAUAAGAAUAAAUUAUUUUGCAGAAGAGCUAAAUAGUAAAAGGCGAGUCAACAUGUAAAAACAAGAAGCAAAAUCCUCAAAUAAUGUACUUCUGGCCCCAUUAUAAAAAAUAUGCAUUUUCUAUAGUUCAAAAGCAAAGAUGCUCCUAGAAAUUUUCAUAGAUUAUUGUAUGGCUAACUGGAAAAAUUUGCUCUGCUAAAAAUAGGACCACUAUUAGUAACAUACAACUGUCUAUAGAAAAUGUAGGGAGUGGAAUCCAUAGAUAAAUGAUGUAUAAAUUACAUACGAAGGGGGGCAAAAAAAAAAAAAAAAAAA